UAGAAAAGAAAAUGUACAGGAACACAGAAAAUGAUAAGAAAGCUUACACUGAAAAAGUGUAGACAAAGUCACUCACCCACUCAUUCAAAUUAAAAUACAGUUAUCUUCCCUUCCCCCCAUCUCUCUUCCACCAUAAUCAAAUGCUUAAAACACCUACCUAAAAUUCCAUUACUAUCUCAAAGGGGAAAAGAAAAAAUAAAACCAUUACUCUCUGCACAAACAUCAUGGCCUAGCUGUUUCUUGGAUCCGGAGAUUCUGGGUUUCUUUCAAUUUCUUUAUGCCAAUUCCUUUUUUUUUUUUUUUUGAAUUAUAUAUUAAAAAACAUAUAGCCCACGAGACAUGAUUUGGGUUUUAUUCCGUUGUCCCUCCCUAGGCUCAAACCUUUCCUUUCUGUUCCUCUCAUUGGAUUUUGUAGCAUAGUUGUAAUGCCUGUAAAUCCAUGGACUCUCUUCUCCUUCUUAGUCCUCUCUUCUUUUGCUCUUCUUCUUUUUUCUUUUCCUUUUACAGCUUUCGCCGUUAACCAGCAAGGCGAAACUCUUCUUUCAUGGAAGACAAACUUAAAUGGAUUGCCUGAAGUUUUAAAAAAUUGGGUGGCUAGUGAUGAAACUCCCUGUGGUUGGAAUGGCAUCACUUGCAAUUAUAACAAUGAAGUGGUUGCAUUGGAUUUAAGGUAUGUGGAUUUGUUUGGAAAACUUCCCUCCAAUUUCACUUUCUUGGUAACCUUAAACAAGCUCAUCUUAUCCGGAACCAACGUUACGGGUACAAUACCUAAAGAAAUCGGUUCUCUUCCCCAGUUAACAUCUUUAGACUUAAGUGAGAAUGCCUUAACGGGUGAAAUCCCAACUGAGCUUUGUAACUUGUUCAAGCUUGAAGAACUCUAUCUCAACUCAAAUCGACUCACAGGCUCAAUUCCAAUUGAAAUUGGAAACCUUACAGGCUUGAAAUGGCUAACCCUUUAUGAUAAUCAACUUAGUGGUGGCAUACCAUCCAGCAUAGGCAAAUUAAAGAAUCUUGAAGUGAUUAGAGCAGGUGGCAACAAGGAGCUUGAGGGCCAAUUGCCACAGGAAAUUGGCAACUGCAGCAAUUUGGUGUUGUUAGGCUUAGCUGAAACAAGCAUAUCAGGUUUUCUCCCUUCAACUCUUGGCCUUCUAAAGAAACUACAAACCAUUGCCAUUUACACCUCCCUUCUUUCUGGCCAAAUCCCACCAGAACUCGGAUAUUGCACCCUUCUUGAAAAUAUCUACCUUUAUGAAAACUCGCUCACCGGAUCCAUCCCAAGCACAUUAGGGAAUCUCAGAAAUCUCAAAAACUUAUUGCUCUGGCAAAACAACUUAGUUGGUAUCAUUCCUCCGGAGUUAGGGAACUGCAACCAGAUGUUGGUUAUUGACAUAUCCAUGAAUUCACUCACUGGAGCAAUUCCUCAAACAUUUGGCAAUCUAACUGCUCUUGAGGAACUCCAACUGAGCGUUAAUCAAAUCUCCGGCGAAAUUCCGGCCGAAUUGGGCAACUGCAAGAAGAUUACUCAUAUCGAGCUCGAUAACAACCAAAUUACUGGGGCAAUUCCCUCUGAAUUGGGUAACUUAUCAAAUCUGACCCUGCUAUUUCUGUGGCAGAACAAGCUUGAAGGCAAUAUACCGGCUUCCAUUUCCAACUGUCAAAAUUUGGAGGCUGUAGAUUUAUCUCAAAACGGCUUGAUGGGUCCCAUUCCAAAGGGAAUAUUUCAGCUCAAGCUACUUAACAAACUUUUGCUCCUCUCCAAUAAUCUUUCUGGCGAAAUUCCUUCUGGGAUCGGAAAUUGCUCUUCUCUGAUUCGGUUUCGAGCUAACAACAACAAGCUCAGUGGAUCAAUUCCACCGCAGAUUGGAAACUUGAAGAACUUGAACUUUUUAGAUCUCGGAUCCAAUCGUCUUACUGGGGUUAUUCCGGAGGAAUUCUCCGGUUGCCAGAAUCUAACGUUCUUAGAUUUGCAUUCAAAUUCUAUUUCUGGUAACUUGCCACAGAGUUUAAGCCAACUUGUUUCCCUGCAACUAGUUGAUUUUUCUGAUAAUUUGAUAGAGGGCACAUUGAGUCCAAGUCUUGGCUCGCUUCGCUCCCUCACCAAACUCAUUCUAUCGAAGAACCGGUUCACAGGCCCGAUUCCUAGUCAACUUGGUUCCUGCUCCAAGCUGCAGCUAUUGGACCUGAGUGACAAUCAGUUCUCAGGGAGAAUACCGUCCAAUUUGGCCAAGAUCCCAUCGUUGGAAAUCGCAUUGAAUCUGAGCUGUAACCAACUUAGCAGUCAGAUUCCGGCAGAAUUCACGGAGUUAGAUAAGCUUGGGAUCCUGGAUCUGUCUUACAACCAGCUCAUCGGCGAUCUUCGAUAUCUGGCAAACUUGCAAAAUCUCGUCGUGCUCAAUGUCUCGCACAACAAAUUAUCGGGGCGGGUACCAGAAACGCCAUUCUUUUCAAAACUUCCUCUCAGCGUCCUCUCCGGCAACCCCGACCUUUGCUUCUCCGGCAUCCAGUGCUACGGCCCCAGUGACAGGCGCAUGAAACGCGCGACGGCAGCGCGUGUGGCUAUGGUGGUACUACUGUGCACAGCGUGUGCACUUCUCUUGGCGGCGCUCUACAUUAUCUUCGGGAGCAAAAAGCGACGUCAAGGGACCCAUGAGUGCGAUCUCGAAGGCGAUACAGACAUUGAGAUGGGCCCACCGUGGGAGGUGACGUUAUACCAGAAACUCGACUUGUCUAUUGAGGACGUGACGCGAGCAUUGACAGCUGGCAACGUCGUAGGACGUGGGCGAUCCGGCGUUGUAUAUAGGGUGAGCCUUCCGUCCGGUUCAACAGUAGCAGUUAAAAGAUUCAAAUCAGCGGACAAACUCUCAGCAGCCGCAUUUUCAUCCGAGAUUGCAACAUUAGCGAGAAUCCGGCACCGAAAUAUCGUCCGAUUAUUGGGAUGGGGAGCGAACCGAAAAACGAAGUUACUGUUUUAUGAUUACAUGAGUAAUGGAACAUUAGGAGAACUGUUACACGAAGGAACUGUUGGAUCAAUGGAAUGGGAGACAAGGUUUAAGAUAGCGUUGGGAGUAGCAGAGGGGUUAGCGUAUUUACACCAUGACUGCGUACCGGCCAUUUUACACCGAGACGUGAAAACGCACAAUAUUUUGCUUGGAGACCGAUACGAGGCAUGUUUGGCAGAUUUCGGGUUGGCUAGACUGGUUGAAGAUGACCAGAGCUCGUUCUCAGCCAGCCCACAAUUUGCAGGGUCCUACGGUUACAUUGCACCUGAGUACGCUUGCAUGCUGAAAAUAACAGAGAAGAGCGAUGUUUAUAGCUAUGGAGUAGUGCUAUUGGAGAUAAUAACAGGAAAAAAGCCAGUAGAUCCAUCGUUCCCAGAGGAGCAACAUGUGAUCCAAUGGGUUAGAGAGCACCUGAAGAGCAAGAAGGACCCAGUGGAGAUUCUCGACCCGAAAUUACAAGGCCAUCCCGAUACACAAAUACAGGAAAUGCUUCAAGCGCUUGGAAUCUCUCUCCUUUGCACGAGCAAUCGCGCAGACGAUCGUCCGACAAUGAAAGAUGUGGCAGCAUUAUUGAAAGAAAUUCGACACGAGCCUACAAUAGGAAGUGAGGGCCACAAGCCGACCACCAAACCCUCUAAAACGACAGAAACCCCGUCGUAUUCAUCAUCUUCAGUGACCCCAGCUCAACUGUUAAUGCUUCAAGGCUCUUCUAAUUGUUCACUUGCUUAUUCAUCUUCUUCGGCUAAUUAUGCUCCCAAAAAUCAAUAGCAUGCCAUGCGAAUUACCUCUGUAGAACAGUGAAGAUUUUGUGUACUAUAUUGUUUACAUAGGUAGUAGGCCAGGGUACAUAAGGAAAAAAAAAAAAAAGUCAGCAAGUGUUUUUGACUACUGACUGAGAUGGUAAAUGAGGUACAUAUACCACGUUGAUUAUAAAUGCUGUCUGGUUAUCUAGAAUCCAGAAUCCCAUGACUCUUGAGUUUCAUGU